AAAAAAAGCCCUACUCUUUCACCGCUCCCCUCUUCAUCCCUCGCCUUCGAACGCAGCAAAAGCCCUACUCGACGCCGAUCAGAAACCUUCAAGGGUUCUACAGGAGCUGCUGAGCUGGACAAGUGCUUGAGGAGACAUUUAUCAAGAAGAACCACUAGUUCACAGAGGAUUUGGUUGUGAUCGCCGUUUCUACGACUGUGAUGGCUGAUAAAAAUGGUAGCACAAAACCAUCAGCCACUGGCCCAGCAGGCUACUCAAUCAAUCUUGAGAGUUUCAGUAAGCGUCUGAAACUGUUCUAUACUCACUGGGAGGAGCACAAGUCUGAUGCAUGGGGUGCUUCUGAUGCUAUGACUAUUGCUACACCCCCUCCUUCUGAAGAUCUUCGGUAUCUCAAAUCCUCAGCCUUGAAUAUUUGGCUGCUGGGCUAUGAAUUUCCAGAAACAAUCAUGGUUUUUAUGAGCAAGCAGAUUCAUUUCUUGUGUAGCCAAAAGAAGGCUUCGCUGCUCGAAACCAUUAGGAAAUCUGCCAAAGAAGCUGUUGGUGCAGAUGUUGUGAUACGUGUUAAGGCAAAGAAUGAUGAUGGUUCUACAUCAAUGGAACAAUUAUUGGGCGCGAUUCGUUCUCAAUCGGAAGAUUCAGUUGUUGGUUAUAUAGCGAAAGAGGUACCUGAAGGGAAGCUCCUAGAGACAUGGUCAGAAAAGCUAGCCGGCUCAGGGUUAAACCUUACCGACGUAACAAAUGGGUUCUCUGAAUUGUUUGCUGUCAAGGAUGCUACUGAGCUUACCUGUGUGAAGAAAGCUGCCCAUUUAACUUCAUCAGUGUUUAAACAUUUUGUAGUCCCGCAGCUUGAGAGAACUAUUGAUGAGGAGAAAAAGGUCAGUCAUUCAUCACUGAUGGAUGCCACUGAGAAGGUUAUAAUUGAUCCGGCCAAGGUCAAAGUGAAGCUGAAGGCAGAAAAUGUUGAUAUAUGUUACCCGCCAAUAUUUCAGAGCGGCGGAAAGUUUGAUCUGAAGCCAAGUGCAUCAAGCAACGAUGAUAAUCUGUUCUAUGAUUCGGCUAGUGUGAUCAUAUCUGCAAUUGGAUCACGAUAUAGCAGCUACUGUUCGAAUAUUGCCAGAACUUUUAUGAUUGAUGCCACUCCAACUCACACCAAGGCGUAUGAGGUUCUUCUCAAGGCUCAUGACGCUGCAAUCGCCAUGCUGAAACCUGGCAACAAGGCUGGUGCUGCUUACCAGGCUGCUGUUUCUGUCGUGGAGAAAGAAGCUCCAGAACUCCUCCCAAAUCUUACCAGGUCCGCAGGAACAGGGAUUGGCCUUGAGUUUCGUGAAUCUGGGUUGAACUUAAACAUGAACAAUAAUCGCCUGUUAAAAUCCGGCAUGGUUUUUAAUGUGUCCCUUGGCUUCCAGAACCUUCAAGCUGAGACAAACAAUCCGAAGACUCAGAACUUCUCCCUUUUGCUGGCUGAUACAGUCAUUGUUUCCAGUGAGAAACCUCCAGAGGUACUGACUGCAGGGUGCUCCAAGUUAGUUAGGGAUGUCGCAUAUGCUUUCAAUGAAGAGCAAGAAGAAGAAGAGAAGCCAAAUAGCAAUGGCGCAGCGAACAACAGAGACCCCUUUCCUUCGAAGACCACAUUGAGGUCAGGAAACAAUGAAGCAUCAAAGGAGGAACUAAGGAAACAACAUCAGGCUGAGCUUGCGCGCCAGAAGAAUGAAGAGACUGCCAGAAGGCUGGCUGGUGGUGGUCCUGGAGAUGGUGAUAGGCGUGGGCCUGUGAAAACUUCAGGUGAACUGGUUGCCUACAAGAAUGUCAAUGAUUUACCCCCUUCUAAGGAACUGGCCAUACAGCUAGACCAGAAGAAUGAAGCUAUCCUUUUACCGAUCUAUGGAAGCAUGGUUCCCUUUCAUGUUUCGACUGUGAAGAGCGUAACUAGCCAUCAGGACAAUCGAACCUGCACUGUUCGAAUAGUAUUUAAUGUACCUGGAACUGCUUUCAACCCUCACGAUGCAAAUUCCCUGAAAAAUCAAGGUGCCAUCUAUUUGAAAGAGGCAACUUUUCGUUCGAAAGAUCCAAGACAUAGUAAUGAGAUGGUUGGACGAAUCAAACUCCUCCGGAGACAAGUUGCAUCGAGGGAAUCUGAGAGAGCUGAGAGAGCCACUUUAGUCACUCAGGAGAAGCUACAGCUUGCUGGGAACAGGAUGAAACCAAUAAGGUUGCCUGAUUUGUGGAUUCGUCCUGUAUUUGGUGGGCGUACAAGAAAACUUAGUGGAACUUUGGAGGCUCAUGUAAAUGGGUUUCGGUAUUCUACUCCCAACCCUGAUCAGAGAGUGGAUAUUAUGUUUGCCAAUAUUAAGCAUGCUUUUUUCCAGCCGGCAGAGAGAGAAAUGAUAACUCUUCUGCACUUUCGUCUCCACAACCACAUCAUGGUGGGUAACAAGAAAACACUUGAUGUUCAGUUCUAUGUGGAGGUCAUGGAUGUAGUUCAAACAUUAGGAGGAGGGAGGAGAUCCAAUUAUGAUCCUGAUGAGAUAGAAGAAGAGCAGCGGGAGAGAGAGCGAAAGAAUAGGAUCAACAUGGAUUUCCAAAGUUUUGUUAAUAAGGUGCAAGACCUCUGGGGACAGCCACAGUUUAGAGAUUUGGAUUUGGAGUUUGAUCAGCCUCUGAGGGAGCUCGGGUUUCAUGGCGUUCCUCACAAGUCAGCAGCUUUCAUGGUUCCAACAUCUAGCUGUUUGGUUGAACUAAUAGAGACCCCGUUUGUGGUAAUCACUUUGAGUGAAAUUGAGAUUGUUAAUCUGGAAAGAGUAGGUCUCGGGCAGAAAAACUUUGAUAUGGCCAUUGUGUUCAAAGACUUUAACAAAGAUGUCUUUCGUAUAGAUUCUAUUCCUUCUACUUCCCUUGAUGCAAUCAAAGAAUGGCUCGAUGCGACUGAUCUGAAGUAUUAUGAGAGCAGACUGAAUCUUAACUGGAAACCUAUACUAAAAACCAUUACUGAUGAUCCAGAGAAGUUUAUUGAAGACGGAGGAUGGGAGUUUCUGAACUUGGAAGCAAGCGAUUCUGAAUCAGAGGGCUCUGAAGAAUCGGAUCAAGGUUAUGAGCCCUCUGAUGUGGAGCCGGAGUCUGUUUCUGAAGACGACGACAGUGACAGCGCAUCAUUGGUAGAAUCUGACGAGGAUGAUGAGGAUUCAGAGGAGGACUCGGAGGAAGAGGAAGGAAAGACGUGGGAGGAGUUGGAACGGGAAGCGAGCAAUGCUGACAAAGAAAGAGGAGAUGAUUCAGACAGUGAAGAAGAGAGGAAGAGGAGGAAAGUGAAAUCCUUUAGCAGCAAGUCCAGGGUUCCUGACAGAAGGGAUUCCAAGGGUGGUUUUCCUUCCAAGAAGCCAAAGCUACGUUGAAGUAAGCUUUUUAAUUAGUAUAUUGCAUUAUGUUUUUAUUCCUGCCUACAUUUGGGGUUUGUGUAGAACAUGCUAGUGUUUAGUGCUUCGUCUGCCGAGACUCUGGAGAUAUGGGUUGUUGUGCUUUAGGGUUGGUUGUAGCUUUGUAUCUGUUAGUUUUUUUAGCAGAAGGCAGUUGACUGGUUUUUAUGCUGGAAAUGUUUGGCUCUUGUUCU